AUGGCAAGGAAAGGGAAGGGCUCCCGCUGCGUGGAGGGGAAUAGUGGACAGCAGAAACAGCACAGUGGAGGUUGCUGUGGCACCAACCUUGGUCAUUCACCUCCGUACGGCGAGCAGCACGUGCACCAGCAAGAUGAGGUUGUUGCGAUCUCUAUAGUGGAGGGUGAGGGUGCUCCCGACCCAGAGGAAGCAGAGGUGCUGCGUAGACAGCAGGCCGUGGAUACAGCAGCCGCAAGGGCCCGCCGCAAGCUGUUGCUGGCGUCAGGUGUCUGCUUGGUAUUUAUGGCCGUGGAGGUUGUAGCAGGGAUCGCUGCCAACUCCCUGGCCUUGAUGACGGAUGCUUCGCAUCUCCUCUCGGACCUGUGCGCCUUCCUAAUAAGUUUGUUUGCUUUGUGGGUAUCACAACUGAAGGGAACCCUCUCCAUGUCCUUUGGAUACCACCGUGCAGAGAUACUGGGCGCGCUUGUGUCUGUUUUGCUUAUCUGGGGUGUAACGGCGGCACUGGUUGUCGCUGCCUUGCACCGUCUGGCUGCUCCUCAAAGGGUUGAAGGGGGCCUUAUGCUGCUCACCGCCUCCAUCGGGACCGCUGCGAAUCUCUUCAUGGCACACAUUCUGCACAUCCAUUCGCACGGCAUUGGCCAUGUGCAUACAACCCACACGGGAGGCAACGCAGAGGCAAGCGGUGCAGGCUGUUGCGGCAGCACUGACAACAGCAGCGAAGGGAGGCCUCUGCUGCCCAUGCACACCAGUAACGGCUGCUGCGGAAACGGCCAGAACAGCAGCAGCAGCCGCCACGACACGCACGGCAUGCACAAUGCUGUGACGCGAGAGGCCUCGUCACAAGUAGAGGAAGGAGGAGGAGCAGCAGACUCUCUGCAGAAGCAGCAACAGGCACUCGCAGUAGCAGCAAAGGGCGAUAUGUACAUUAGAAUGGAGGACGACCCAGAGAUACAGAUAGAGAGCAUGAACCUCCGAGCCGCCUAUAUCCACGCCUUAGGCGAUCUGCUGCAGAAUAUCGGAGUUAUGAUCGCGUCCGCCAUUAUCUGGUACAAGCCAGAAUACUCGAUAGCAGACCCCGCAUGCACCCUGCUCUUUUCGGUCUUUGUUCUCCUCACCACCAUUUCCAUCAUCCGUGAAGCAGUGAACGUCUUGAUGGAGGGAACCCCUCUGGGCUUGAAUGUCGCGGUGCUGCAAUCCGAUUUGGUGUCUCUACGUGGCGUGGUGGAGGUACACGACCUCCACGUCUGGUCUAUCUCAAUCGGCCGGCCUGCACUUGCAUGCCACCUCGUUGUCUGUGACGAGGAAGCAGCACGUCGUGUUCUGAGGGCCGCAACGUUGCUCUGUCAACGCAAACAUGGAAUUCUCCAUACCACCAUUCAAACGGAUUUCGCCUCGGAUGCUUCUUGUUGCGACACGGAGGCGCACCAAAAAUGCAUGGAGCCUCUUACCAGAGCCGGCCUCUGA